AAAUAAUAUUAACAAUGAAAAGUCGGAAUAAAACGGAUGUGCAAAGAAGAAUCUUCGGGUUCCGCCAUCCCUUUUGGAUAAAUUAUCAUGAAAAAAGAACAGAUGUAGCUUUAUUAAAAGCAAAUGAGAUAUUCAAGAGAAAUAAUUCACUAAAUCAUCGAGAAGAUAAAGAUGAUGUCAUAAUUCUGCUAACUGAUGGCCCACCAACGCAAAGGUCGGGAAAAGGGGAACAACCGCACGACAUCGCCAUAGCUGAAGCAAAGAAACUGAGAGACAAAGGCAUAAUCAUUGUUGGGAUUGCUGUUGGUAACCGUCAACAAAAUGUUAGAACUGUGCCAUUCUUGACAAAUAUAUCAACAGCUGGUCAAACGCUUCCAUCAACAUAUCCUGAUUUGAUUCUGUUGAGCGACAGAAUAGUCUACGCUUUCUGUCCCAGACCGUCCUUCUGGACCAAGUGAACCUAGAAACGUAUCCGUCGUGGUACAUGGAAGAAAUUUAACACUUUCAUGGCUGA